AAAGAAGUGGAAAACAAGCGUUGCAGAGCAAUGAGCAGAAAGAGGGGAAGAAGGAGCGAGCAAUGGUGGACAGAGUGUUUAUUGCAAGAAUAUGUCGAAUCCUGAAAAUAAUGGUCCCUAGAACACUUUGUAAAGAGACAGGUUAUUUGCUGCUUAUUGCUGUGAUGCUGGUAGUCCGCACAUACUGUGAUAUUUGGAUGAUUCAAAAUGGAACAGUCAUUGAAAGCGCUAUCAUUGGCCGCAGCAGAAAAGAUUUCAAGAAAUACUUGUUUAACUUCAUCGCCGCAAUGCCUGCUAUCUCUUUAGUGAAUAACUUCCUGAAGUAUGGUCUAAAUGAAUUGAAACUUUGCUUCCGAGUAAGGCUUACCAGAUACCUCUACGAGGAAUAUCUUAAAGCUUAUACGUACUACAAAAUGGGAAAUCUGGACAACAGAAUAGCUAAUCCAGAUCAACUCCUUACACAGGAUGUGGAAAAAUUCUGUAACAGUGUAGUGGACCUGUACUCGAACCUUAGCAAGCCCUUCUUGGAUAUAGUUUUGUAUAUCUUCAAGCUAACAAGUGCAAUAGGAGCUCAGGGUCCAGCUAGCAUGAUGGCGUACUUGAUUAUUUCGGGGUUUUUCCUUACACGUUUAAGGAGACCAAUUGGCAAGAUGACUAUUAUAGAACAAAAAUAUGAAGGGGAGUAUAGAUACGUCAACUCACGGCUUAUUACAAACAGUGAAGAAAUUGCUUUUUAUAAUGGAAACUUGAGAGAAAAACAGACUAUUCACAAAACCUUCCGUAAACUGGUGGAACACUUGCAUAAUUUCAUCCUGUUCCGGUUCUCUAUGGGUUUCAUUGAUACUAUCAUUGCCAAAUACCUUGCCACUGUGGUUGGUUACCUGGUUGUUAGUCGUCCAUUUUUGAACCUGGCUGAUCCUCGUCAUCAGAAUAGUACUCAUGCAGAACUUUUGGAGGAUUACUACCAAAGCGGAAGAAUGUUACUGAGAAUGUCUCAAGCUUUGGGCAGAAUAGUGCUAGCAGGCCGUGAAAUGACAAGAUUGGCUGGCUUCACAGCUCGAAUUACAGAAUUAAUGCAGGUUCUGAAGGACUUGAAUAGUGGCAAAUAUCAGCGUACUAUGGUGUCACAAGAAAAAGAUGCAGAUAAAAAGCAAGUUUUGCCUUUGAUACCUGGAUCUGGAGAAAUUAUCAACACUGAUAACCUUAUCAAGUUUGAUCAUGUUCCGUUGGUGACACCUAAUGGAGAUAUUUUGAUUGAAGACCUUAACUUUGAGGUUCGAUCUGGUGCGAAUGUUCUGAUUUGUGGGCCAAAUGGGUGUGGGAAGAGCUCACUUUUUCGUGUUCUUGGUGAGUUGUGGCCUUUGUUUGGUGGGCGUUUAACAAAACCUGUAAGAGGAAAGUUGUUCUAUGUUCCCCAGAGACCGUAUAUGACUCUUGGAACACUCAGAGAUCAAGUUAUAUAUCCAGAUACUUUGGAAGAUCAGAGAAAGAAAGGGAUUUCUGACCAGGUGCUGAAGGAGUACUUGGAUAAUGUCCAGCUGGGUCAAAUCUUGGAACGUGAAGGAGGCUGGGAUAGUGUUCAGGAUUGGAUGGAUGUACUCAGCGGGGGAGAAAAACAGAGAAUGGCAAUGGCAAGGUUAUUUUAUCAUAAGCCUCAGUUUGCAAUUCUGGAUGAAUGUACCAGUGCUGUUAGCGUUGAUGUAGAAGGCUACAUUUACAGCCACUGCCGAAAGGUUGGCAUCACUCUCUUCACUGUCUCCCACAGAAAGUCACUCUGGAAACAUCAUGAUUUUUACUUGCAUAUGGAUGGCAGAGGAAACUACGAGUUCAAGAAAAUAACUGAAGACACAGUUGAAUUUGGAUCUUAAAGUCAUGAACUGAACUGCUACAGAGACUGAUGAUUACAGGAAGUGUGUAGACUGGCAGACGUUGUACAAUAAAACUACUCGGCUUGUUUUUUAAACAAAUUAACUAGGAUAACCCAAAACAAGCUGUUAAGCGUUUAUAUUAUGUAGGAUAUUGCUAAUUGUGUAUAUGUUGGUUUAAUUAUUGAUAUGUACUAAGAAUGUCCUUAUUCUUGUGGUUUAAAAACCUGCCUAAAUUAAAUUGGGCUUAAAUCAGUGUAACCUGAUUCAUCCUGGGAUGCAAACCAUUUGAAAUCAGCUGAUUUGACUUUUGUAGACCUUCUUUCCCUUCGGUGAAAAGCCCUGUUAAAAUUAGGGUUGCUACCUCUCUCGUUCCUGCAAAGCAGUCUUGGAUUUUUGCUCUGUUCUAUGCAUAUUUCUGAGUUAUCUCACACGGUGCAGGACAUUCUCCCAUCUUCAGAUCUGUGCCCUGUUAAAUGAAAGAGCCUUUUCCUUGACCAAGCCUUGUGAUGUAGCCAAUAUGCCCUUGCUGAUAAAGGAUGGACUGAACCUAAAAGACAAAACUAAUUCCUUCUGCUACAAAAAUUAAGCUUGUUCUUUGCUGGGUUUUGGAUUCUCUUUAACAUCUGUCUGUCCAUGCAAUUCUCUCUGCUGCUCCACAGUCCCAUUCUUUCCCAGUUUAGCAAGAGCUUCAUCUAUCCCUCACCCCAAGCUGCCCUUUUUCUGUCGGAGAAAUGCUAUGGUAAUGAAGAGUUGAGAGGAGGCUGAGGGAGGAAAGGACUGACCAAAAAAAAGAAAAAGGGAAAAGAAAAGUGAUGUUCCUUGUAUCAAACAAUCUUGUGCAUGUUUUCAGCUCUGAAGAAAUGAAUGGCUCCCACAAGUAGAAACAGACAAGAAUGUGGGUCCAAUCAUUCUUCUCUUGAAAUCAGUAGGGGUCAGAAUGGACUCAAAAAUGUUAAUCUGUGAAAUAGCAGACUGUUGUCUGUCCUGUGUGCGUUCAGUCCUGCAAUACAGCAGUUGCUUUUUCCAAGUUCCUCUUUUUCUCCCUCUUCAAAAAAUCAGAUCUGAUGGUUUUAGCCACCCUUCAGAUCUGAGUUUGAAAGUAAGUGAUAAUGGUACUUCCUGUUUGGUCUUCUGGGCUGUGAAGCCUAAAAUGAUGCUUUCAUCCUUCACAUUUAUUCUCUUAUUUGUCAUGAGGUUUCUUGAUUUCUGAUACAAAUUAUUCCCCAGUGAUUCUCGCUAUUGUCUAAGGAUCUCUAGUCCCUGUUGGUUUUCUUGUUCCAGCUGCCAAAUGCCCUUGAAGAAACCAAACUCUUUAAAUAGUUUACUGUAAUGGGUUUUUCCAUACAAAUAAUUACUGUGGUUGCCAUACGACUUUGACAAACAUAAAUGCAGCAAGGUGAUUUUUGUGAUCAGGGAGUAGGAAGGUAUAACUCAAACUGAAUCGCUGUUUAGGCUUUAAAACAAAAAUUUACAAUACCUGUUGUACAGAGAAGGUCUAGUAGUUUUUUUAGUGUUCCAUAUAAGGUAGAGUAUAGGAAUGCACUACAUGAAGGCAUGCAUAAAAUAUGCAAUAAACCUGUUCUCUGUGCGUCUUUUAUCAAGGGUUUAGACUAAAAACAAAAACAGCUUUUUAUAAAAUGGAUAUGUACUUGGAUGUUAAUUUUUACCCAAUUUGAUUAGUCAUCAUCUUUCACGUUGAAAUUGCUACCUGUUAAUAUUUUUUAUUUUAUCAUAGUUCUUGCCCAUACCUGUCAGUACUACUGUUCUUUCGUAGUACUCAAACGCAAACAGCUAUCCUGGUAUAAGAAUCUGGUGACUACAGUAGAUUCAUAGUAUGAUGCAUCGAUGAAAAUCAAAAAAGCCUCUCUGAAGUGUAGCAUAUUCAAGAGAAUAUGGUAACAGAAUACAUUUUUGUGCUUGGUCCACAAGAAGGCAAAUAGGUGUCUCACUUUACUAAUUUUUUUUCUGUUCAUUCAGAUUCUCACAUCAGCCAUAACUAGCAGGUAGCAGCAUGCUGUGUGUGAGGUGGUAGUCUUUUUUUUUUUAAUUGUAACCAUGAGAAUAGGGAUGCCAGAUGGCUAUUCUUUUUUUUUUGUGAAAGUUCUCAGCACAAAUGCAACUUCUUUUGGAAGGGAUGUUUUAGUAGCCUUUCAGAGAGACAAAGGAAAAAAAAAUCUCUAAAAUGAGAAAGUUGCUAUUAUCCUUGUGACUAGGGCAGACUUUGCAGUGGAGUAGUGAACUUGGAAUACUUUAGUGUAUUUUUAACACUGACAAGCAAAACCACACACAGCACGCAAAACCACACACAGCUUGCUUAUAUAGCACCCCAGCAGCCAAUCCCAAGGUACUUUACAAUUCAGUUGGUUAAUAACAGGUUUUUGUGUAAUCUCAGAUUUAUUUUAAAAACUAAAACCAAAAAAAUUAAAAAUCCAACUCCAUAAGCAAGGAGGAAUAGGUUUGCCUUUAGAUGCCAUGAAGUUCAUUGAAACUGAGGAUGCUAGUAUCUCCUUAGGGCCAGGACUUAGUGUUUCUAAAUAUACUGGAAGGAAAGAAAAAUAUUCUUCUGCGCUUGAUUGUAAGAGAGGCUUAUAAAGAAAGUAUAAAAAAGAAUGAUGUUUUAGAAUGAUAUUCUUAAAAGGCCUUACAUUAAAGUAUUUUGAGAUAGACUUGGUCUAAUGAAAGAUUGUAAAAAAUCUAAUGAAAACGAUCCAAGUCUCAGUUCUGUUGCAGAAUUGCACUGUGAUACUGUAUUUUAGCUGUUAGGUCUUUUUAAUAGCACAAGUUGGAAGUUUGUAAAUUGGAAUUCUGAGCUAUCUUAGUAAGACAAAGUACUGAUGAAUGUUUUCAGUCUCAAACUGUUGGUGCUUUGAAGAUGGUACUGGUAAUAGUCAGGUGGCUGCAUUUCAACAGUGGUGGGAAACAUUCCUGUGUGUAAAUACUGUAAAGUGCUUUGGAGGGGGAAACGGCGCUAUAUAAAUGUAAGACAUUAAGUGCCUCUGAAAUAAUAAUAAAUCUAAAGAUAAAAUAUAUCUAGGCUUUUUAUGUUUCUUGAUGAUGUGAUUAGGAAUUUUGUAACAAUACAGUGAAUGCAUACUCAACAAAUCUCAAGUUAUUUCAUGAGCCGAUUGACUUGUGUUCAGCUUAUAAAGUCCAUAGUACUGUCCGAAAUUCACCCCGGCAUCGGCCAGAUGAUGCCAUCCAGUUGUAGGCUUAACAAAAAACAUGAGCUCAGUACUUGAAGAUACGUACUUAGAGCAAUUGGAUUAUAGGUGCAUUAAUCUGUUUUAAGUCUGCACUGAUUCUGACCUCUCCCCUCUCUCCUUUGUCCACUGGCCACUUCUUUUCCCUUCAAGGUUAUUGAGUUUUAGAAGGGUGUGGGCCUGAAUAAGGUUAACAUAAUAUCAGUACUUAAUGUGGUAAUUCCUUUGAGUGCUCCUUAUUCUUUGUACUUUGAGGAAAACAGGAUAAUCACUCUCCACCUUUAUUGUAUUUGUGAUUUUUUUAAUGUUUUUCUUUGCUGUGGUAGACAUACCAGCUGUCAGGAUACUUGAAACUCAGAAGCGUUAGAGUGAAACCAAGAUAUGCUUGAAUGAACUGAUUUUAAGGGUCUUCUCCUGUGAUCAGUGUUUUCUAAUGCUAAUUAGUAGUAAUUUUUCCUUCUCUUAGCUGAGAUUAGUUGUGCAACAAGUGUAUUUGUGUAGCAUUCUUAGAGCUAUACAAGCUCUUGGAGCUCUAAAGGGUAGAGCUCCCUUUGAAAGGAAAUUCCUCGACCAAGGAUGCAGUCUAAACGUCAAAGUGUCAUUCAACUUAGCUGAUGAGCUGCAGAGAAAAAAAGGAACUUCUGUGUUGUGGAUGUGAUAUUUAAUACUUUAAUAUUUAGAGUAGUGUGAAGUCUGUUACUUGUUCAACUCUGGGCUCUCGGCUACCCAGUUCAUUCCAAAUGCUUGGUUUGUACGCUUCAACACUUUAAUUCUUCCUUAUGUAGAGGAAAAACAUCAGUUCCUGGAACGGUAGGACUAAAACCAUGGAGCAACAAAUUCAAACUCCUUUUGAAGGAUCAAUCCACCAUCUUUUGAGGAGGUUCGGUAGCCUUGGUGCAGCUUAAUAAAUGAAUGUUUAAUAAAGCUCCAGGCAGCUCUCCCCUCUCAGCAAAAAUUAAGCUUUCUUGACGAAGACUAUGUUGUUUUGGGAGGUGAUGGUGCUUUCUACAGGACUAGCAUGAGACUGGAAAAAACCUGCAAGGUGAACAGAACAUCGCUGUGAACCUUGUCAUCUUCCAUCCCAAGUGCAAAGCACGCUUCACUGCAUAAUGGAGAUAUUUUUUUUUCUUGCCAAAAAAAAAACCCCAGCAGGAAACGUGCACAAACAUCCAACCUACCUCUGAGCCUUGUACUUCUGGGAAAAGUUGGCAGAGUAAGCUACGUCCUAAGCAGUACGCAUGUUGCAGGGAUGUUUCUUGCCCAAAUGCGGCACAGAUAGAGUGGAGUAGACAACACCCUGCUGGACAGCCCAAACAUGAGAUUACUUUAGCACCGUUUGAAAGUGACUUGUGCUGUAAGAAAAUUCGGGGUGUACUGCCCCUUCAUCAGCUCUGUACUGUAUACUAGAGAAGAUGACUAGUGAGAAACAAAGCAGGAUGCAGUGCUACCAUGACAGCUUUUUAAUUAAAUCGCAUCUAGUAUUGACAACUUAAAUGACUUAUUAUGCUUCUGCAGAAUAGGGAGUUCAAUCUUCAUGUUUCUUAAAUCUAUAAAGAAGAAAUAUCCUGUUGAUUAGGACUGGAGAGAAAGAACCAAUUUAGUGACUCUUCCACAGGAUUCAGCUCUUUGCAGACUCGACAGAUACCAGUGUGCCACCUAAUCUUUGGUGUUCUGAAGUGGUCUAGAAAUGUGAGAAAACAUUAAGAUGUCCUGUCAUCAAGACAGGAGUUAAAAAUCCAGUAUUAAAAUUUAUCUAUAAUUGUCAUACAUACUAUGAGAUGUCAUAGAAACGUCCAUGAUAAUGAUCACCUGAACUCCAACUGUGAAAAAUAGUAGGGGGAAAAAGUUAACCGUGGUUUUAUAGAAAAAGUAAACUGCAACUUUUAUUGGUCAAGAAGAAAAUCAACAGUGUGCAAGUUCAAAUUUCUGCUUAUAAAGCUGCUGUUCAAAACACU